AUGUCGGCGGCCCUGGAGGAGUUCUGUGGCUCUGUCUUUUGGAAUGCCUCCUACCUCAAUCGUUCAGAUGCCGACCUGCCCGAGUGCUUCCAGCAGACCGUGCUGGUUUGGAUCCCCCUUGGCUUCUUCUGGAUAUUGGCUCCGUGGCAGCUCCUGCCCAUGUGCAAAUCCAAAGCCAAGAAAUCAUCUGUGACCACACUCUACAUCAUCAAACAGGUGCUGGUUGCCUUGCUGGUGCUGACGGCAGUGGCGGAGCUGGCACUGGCCUUUGUAGAGGACACAGAGCAGGAUCCACUGCCAGCUGUCUGGUACACAAACCCCAGCCUGUACCUCAUCACCUGGCUCCUGGUCCUGCUGAUCCACGAUGCGCGACGCUACUGCUUGCGCAGAGACUCAGGGAUACUUUACUGCUUCUGGACGCUGUCCCUGCUCUGUGGGAUAUUGCCGUUCCAGUCGCUGCUCCGGAAAGCCCUGCAGGAACCAAUCUCUGACGUGCCACGGUUUAUCCUUUUCUACAUCUGCUAUGGGCUCCAGCUGCUGCUCUUCCUUGUCUCAGCUUUCUCAGAUGUUGCCCCAGAAGCAAGAGAAAUCACCAGGAAGAACCCAGAGAUGACAGCCUCCUUCCUGAGCUCCAUCACCUUCGAAUGGUACAGCAGCACAGUUUUAAAGGGCUACCGCAAGCCUUUGGAGAUAGAGGACGUCUGGGAGUUGAAAGAAAAAGACAAGAUCCAGGCCAUUCACAGUACUUUUGAGAAGAACAUGAAGACUGCCUUGAGGAAGGCCCAAGCAGAGCUGGAGAAACGGAAACACAAGAAAAGACGCCGAGAAGGUGACCCGAACCAUAGCAACAACAUGAGCAAGGCUCAGAGCCAAGACGUCUUGGUGAUGGAGGAGAAGCAGACGAAGAGGAAAAAGAAGAAGGGGGACAAAGAGCACUCUGGGCCUCUCAAGGAUUACCCCAGGGGCUGGUUGGUGAAAACUCUGGGCAAGACCUUCUGGCAGAACCUCGUGCUGUCGGUAGCUUUCAAGCUGGUGAAUGAUGUACUUGUGUUCGUCAGUCCCCAGCUGCUGAAGCUGCUGAUUGCCUUUGUGUCGGAUAAGGAGUCCUUUGCCUGGCAGGGAUACUUGUAUGCCAUCUUGCUCUUCCUGACUAGUGUCAUCCAGUCCCUCUGCCUGCAGCAGCACUACACUUUGUGCUUCCAUCUUGGCAUAAAUGUGCGUGCCAGUCUCAUUGCUGCCAUCUACAAGAAGGCCCUCACCAUGACUGGUGUCACGCGAAAGGAGUCCACAGUGGGAGAGACUGUGAAUCUGAUGUCGGCUGACGCUCAGAGGUUCAUGGAUGUGGCCAACUUCAUUCACCAGCUGUGGUCAGGCCCACUGCAGAUUAUCGUGUCCAUUGUGUUCCUCUGGGUAGAGCUGGGCCCCUCUGUCCUGGCUGGCAUCGUGGUCAUGGUGCUGCUCAUCCCCCUAAACGCGAUCCUGGUCACCAAGUCCAAAACCAUACAGGUGAGGAACAUGAAGAACAAAGAUGAACGCAUGAAAAUAAUGAGUGAAAUCCUCAGUGGAAUCAAGACCCUGAAGCUUUUUGCCUGGGAGCCCUCAUUUGAGGAGAGAGUGAACAAGAUCCGGGCACUGGAGCUCAAGGACUUGCUGAACUUCAGUUACCUGCAGUCAGUCUCGAUCUUUGGGUUCACCUGUGCCCCCUUCCUGGUCUCGUUGGCCAGCUUUGCUGUCUAUGUGCUGGUGGAUGAGAAUAACGUCCUGGAUGCACAAAAGGCCUUCACCUCCAUCUCUCUUUUCAACGUGCUGCGCUUCCCCAUGUCCAUGCUGCCCUUGGUCAUCUCUUCCCUGGUGCAGACCAGUGUGUCAACUGCGAGGCUGGAGCGCUACCUGUCUGCAGAAGACCUGGACACCUCAGCUAUCCACCACAAGCCCAUUGCAGGCAGUGCCGUGCGUUUCUCGGAGGCCACCUUCUCCUGGGAGCAGGACGGCGAAGCUGUGGUCAGAGACGUCACCCUGGACAUUGCACCCGGGAGCCUGGUGGCUGUGGUAGGGACUGUGGGGUCAGGAAAAUCUUCGCUGGUGUGCGCCAUGCUGGGGGAGAUGGAGAAUAUCAAGGGACACAUCAACAUCCAGGGCUCUGUGGCCUACGUCCCCCAGCAGGCCUGGAUCCAGAAUGCCACGCUGAGAGACAAUAUCCUUUUUGGGUCAGAACUGGAUGAAGCCAGGUACCAGCAGGUCAUCAAGGCUUGUGCCCUCCUUCCAGACCUGGAACUGCUGCCUGCGGGUGACCAGACCGAGAUUGGAGAGAGGGGCAUUAACCUGAGUGGGGGCCAGAAGCAGCGAGUCAGCCUGGCCCGGGCAGUGUACAACAAUGCAGACAUCUACAUCCUGGACGACCCCCUCUCUGCCGUGGAUGCUCAUGUUGGCAAGUACCUCUUCGACCACGUGCUGGGGCCGAAAGGGCUGCUGCAAAAGAAGACACGGAUCUUGGUGACACACAGUAUCAGUUUCCUGCCCCAGGUCGAUAACAUCGUGGUGCUGGUGGCAGGAGCAGUGUCUGAGCACGGCUCCUAUAGCACCUUGCUUGAAAGCAGGGGGGCCUUUGCCCAAUUCCUGAACUUGUACGGCAGCCAGGAGGAGGAUGCUCCAGAGAAAAAGACCACAGCUGUUGCUUUAGCUGGGGAUGAAGAGCAGGGUGAUGAUGGCAUUGACCCUUGCGUGGAAGAGAGACCUGAUGAUGUGGUGACCAUGACCCUGAAGCGAGAGGCCAGCAUCCAUCGGACAGAGUUCAGUCGCAGCCUUAGUAAAACCAGCACCAAUUCCUGGAAGAAAGCCCAGGAGGAGCCUCCCAAGAUGGUGAAGGGCCAGAAACUGAUUGAGAAAGAAACUGUGGAAACUGGCAAGGUGAAGCUCUCUAUGUAUGUGCGGUACCUGCAAGCUGUGGGCACAUGGUGCUCUCUCUGGAUUGCCCUGGGCUAUAUUGGCCAGUACAUCGCCUACGUGGGGUACAGCCUGUGGCUCAGCGCCUGGACGGACGACGCGCAGCUCUACCUGAACCAGACCUAUCCUGUGCAGCAGCGAGACCUGCGGAUCGGUGUCUUUGGGGCACUGGGGAUGGCACAGGCUCUCUUCCUGCUGUUUGCCACCAUCCUGUGUUCUCGUGGUGCCGUGCGAGCCUCACGGGUUAUGCAUCAGCAACUGCUCAGCAACAUCCUGCGUGUGCCCAUGAGCUUUUUUGACACGACCCCGACUGGCCGUAUUAUGAAUAGGUUUGCCAAGGACAUCUUCACAAUAGACGAGACCAUCCCCACGUCCUUUCGCAGCUGGCUCUCCUACUUCAUGGACAUCAUUAGCACAUUGAUCAUAAUCUCCCUGGCCACUCCAUUCUUCACUCUUGUUAUCAUUCCCUUGGGCAUCUUCUACUAUUUUGUGCUGCGCUUCUAUAUCUCCACGUCACGCCAGCUCCGGCGUCUGGACUCCGUAACCAGGUCUCCCAUCUAUUCCCACUUUGGUGAGACGGUGUCAGGCCUUUCUGUGAUCCGGGCCUACAAACACCAAGGGCGGUUUCUGCAGCACAAUGAGAGCACCAUGGACAUCAAUCAGAAAAGUGUUUACUCCUGGAUAAUCUCAAACAGGUGGUUGGCCAUUCGACUGGAGUUCGUUGGGAGCCUGGUGGUUUUCUUCUCUGCACUUCUAGCAGUGAUUUCAAAGGACACUUUGGAGGGUGGCAUCGUGGGUCUCUCUGUCUCCUCUGCCCUCAAUGUGACGCAGACACUGAACUGGCUGGUGCGUGCAUCUUCAGAGCUGGAGACAAACAUCGUGGCUGUGGAGAGAGUACAUGAGUACAUGAAGGUGAAGAACGAGGCUCCAUGGGUGACAGAAAAGCGCCCGCCCCAGGGCUGGCCCAGCAAAGGCGAGAUCAAGUUUGUUGACUAUAAAGUUCGCUAUCGACCUGAACUGGAGCUGGUUCUUCAUGGGAUCACCUGCAGUAUUGAGAGCACUGAGAAGGUUGGGGUUGUGGGCCGGACUGGAGCUGGAAAAUCCUCCCUCACCAACUGCCUCUUCCGGGUGCUGGAGGCUGCUGGAGGGACGAUCAUCAUUGACAAUGUGGAUAUCGCAACAAUUGGCCUCCAUGACCUGCGCCAGAAACUCACCAUCAUCCCCCAGGACCCCGUGCUCUUCACUGGAACCCUGCGGAUGAACCUGGACCCCUUUGACCAAUACCCAGAUGAGGAGAUCUGGAGGGUCCUCGAGCUGUCCCACCUGAAGACAUAUGUGCAAAACCUUCCCGAGAGGCUGUUGCAUCUCGUGAGCGAGGGCGGGGAGAACCUGAGCACUGGGCAGAGGCAGCUGGUGUGCCUGGCCCGCGCCUUGCUCCGCAAAGCCAAGAUCCUCAUCCUGGAUGAAGCAACAGCAGCCGUAGAUCUGGAAACGGAUCAUUUAAUCCAGUCGACAAUCCGGAGCGCGUUUGCCGACUGCACCGUCCUUACCAUCGCCCACCGCCUCCACACCAUCAUGGACAGCAACAGGGUGAUGGUGCUGCACGCCGGGAGGAUCGUGGAAUACGACAGCCCUGAGGAGCUGCUCAGGAAGCAGGGCGCCUUCGCUGCCAUGGCAAAGGAUGCCGGCAUCAGCAGUACGGAGAGCACCGCGCUGUAGGUGGAGAGAAGCAGCUGCGGGUGCACAGGCACCAGCCUCUCCCACAACCCACCCUCUGGCUCUGCCGCGGACACAGCCGCUUCGCUGGCUCUCAGAACAGAGGGUCUGGACUUGAAUGGACUGUUAACGUUGCUAGCACACCCUGCCUGCUGUGCAUAUGAGGAUCUGGAGCUGCUUAAUUCAUUCCAGUAUACAGGGGAAAGUAUACUCCCUGCCAGGCAGGGAGACCAUGACCCCUUGGGGGUCUUACUUUUUGUACUUCACCCUGCCAGGGGAACCUUUCUGAGAUG